AUGGGUUUCCGGCACAACAACGUCCUCCACGCCAACCAUUUCCGCAAGGACUGGCAACGUCGCGUACGCACCUGGUUCGAUCAGCCAGGUCGCAAGCUCCGUAGACGCACUGCUCGCAAAACUAAAGCCGCAACUCUUGGCAUCCGACCUCUGACACUCCUCCGCCCUGCAGUUCGCGCUCAAACUGUCCGAUACAACCGUAAAGUUCGCGAGGGCCGUGGAUUUACUUUGGCCGAGCUGAAGGAAGCUGGUAUUGGCAGGAAGGAGGCCCGUGGUGUCGGCAUCGUUGUGGACCACAGGAGACGUAAUUUGAGUGAGGAGGGAAAGAAGGUCAACGUAGAGCGAUUGACUGCCUACAAGACUCGUCUCAUCGUGUUCCCCCGCAAGGCUGGCAAGCCGAAAAAGGGUGAUUCGUCGGCUGAAGACCUCAAGGCCGAGACAACUCGCGCUGCCAUUGCACUCCCUGAAGUGUAUCCUGCUGAAGCCCCACGAAAAAUUACUGACGAGGAACGCGAGUUCAAGGCAUUCAGGACUCUCCGUGUUGCUCGUGCAAACCAGAGACAUGAAGGUGCUCGCAAAGCUCGGGCUGCCAAGGAGGAGGAAGCUGCAAAGAAAAAGUAA